GGGGUGGUACUACGGAGGCGGCGUGUUUGCACUAGCGCUCUACUACUCCAGUGUGUUCCAGUUUGUUUCCGAUAGUAGGUAGAUCAAGAUGUUGCUCCCGCCGGGCGCUAGUACAUGGUAGUCGAGAUGAGGAUCUUCAAUGCGAAACCUAAAUUCCGAACAAAAUUCGUAACGCUCCGGAUCACAAAAGAUUAAAUGCCGCUAAUUGAGAUCCAGAAGAUCACCAAAGAUGAAAACAUCUGACUUCGCAUCAGCAUACCUCUCUUUUACACCCAUUGCAAGUGAACAUUCUGCUCGAUUCAUCAUCCAUCUCAUGCUUUUAAUAUCAGGCGAGGGAUAUUGAAGUAGAACGAUACGUCAUGACCUGUUGUCGCAACGUGAAUUAUUCUGAGUUUCAGCAGAAAUUCGUCCACUAAUAUUAGCUCCUCCCCUAGAGAACAAGAUAAGUUGCACUUGUAGAUUUCCUAGUAGUGCAAGAACUGUAAAAACUAAGAACUCACGAUCUACUUUACAAGAUUUUCCGCGACCAUUGGCCCCCCUCCUGCUUUCGCAAGAACUGAUACCUGCAAAAUGUCUGUCACACUAAAGACCACCCUCGGGGACCUCAAGGUGGAGCUCCACUGCCAGAAAGUGCCCAAAAGCUGCAAAAAUUUCUUGGCGCUGUGUGCGAGCGGGAUGUACAAGGGGACCACCUUUCACCGAAACAUCAAGCAGUUCAUCAUACAAGGUACUAUUUUUGAGCUGAUUUAUUUGUCAUGCGACGGUGUUUUUUUCUUUUUCAUCCACAUUGAGCAAUAAUCAUACGGCUCGAACCGUUAAUUUAUAGUCUCGCUUUGCUUUGCCCGGCAUGACCUUGAGCGAUCAUGAUCAUGAUUUGAUCAUGUUGACCACAAAAACCCACGAACUACACCAGGCGGCGACACCGACCACAAGAACGGUAAAGGCGGCAAGGCGGUGAUCGACGAGAGCGGGCAGAUUGAGCACGAGGUGAAGCCGGACCUGAAGCACGACCGGCGUGGCAUCCUGGCCUUCGCGGACACGGGGAAAAGCAAAAAAAUCGGGUCACAGUUCUACCUGACCUACAAGCGGCUCCCCAACCUGGACGGGAGCUACACCGUGAUCGGGCGCCUGAUUGACGGGUUCGAGACGCUGCAGAAAAUGGAGGACAGCCCCGUGGUCGACGAAAAAAAGGCGAGACCGGUUAUCAAAUGCAAAAGUGUCUGGGUUUGGAAGGUUGGAACUUGUGAUGCUACCUUUGGACUCUAAAGAAAUCUGUAUUGCAUGAUUUGUUUGUGCUACGCGGGGAGGGCAUUUGUCAUGCGGAGUAGGCAUCAGGAAGGGUUCUAAAAGUCUGUGAUGGUAGGGCAUGCAUCACACACAAUCCUGGGUCAUGCAAAAUAUGCAUGACAAACCCGGCACUAUUCCAGACCCAAAAAUUUUUGCAUUUGAUACCGGUGAAGGACAUCGUAAUUGAAGACGUCGUGGUCUAUCAAAAUGAAAUAUCCCCCCUCCCCAUAUCAAAACGGAAAUUUGUGAUGCUGAUUUGUGGCCACAAAUCAGCUUUGUAUUGCAGAGAGGCAUGGCGGCCAGAUCCCAGGCUAGGUAGGGGCGUAGAGGUCUAGUUGUUCAGCAUGGCAAACGGCUCCCCUUUAGGCCCAACAGCAUGGCAAACCGCUUCCAUAAUGGGGCGGAAGCUUCUGCCCUUGUCUUCUUGCAAGACAGAUGUGAUUUGUGACCUCAAAUCUGCAACACAAGUUUUUGGAAACAUACCUUUUCAAUAUGGGGAGGGGGGAUUUUUCCUCUCAAUAUGGUCCACGCCAAUCCGAUCGCGGACGAGGAGGGACACUGA